AUGGUAAAAGGUGACAACCUCAUUUACUACAGAUGGCUCUUGAACAACACCUGCUAUAAGCCUGGAGGCCCAAUAUUCUUUUAUACGGGAAACGAAGGCGAUGUUGAAGGUUUCGCAACAGCUACUAGUAUGAUGUGGGAUCUUGCCCCAAUGUUCAACGCUGCAAUAAUCUUUGCCGAACAUCGCUUUUACGGUGCAAGUCUACCAUUCGGGAACGAAUCGUACUCGAGCAUUAGAAACAUGGGAUAUUUGACGUCAGAGCAAGCCCUCGCAGAUUUCGCAGCUCUCUUGUUUGCCUUGAAGACACCCAAUAAUGGUAUGUCGGUAUCAUAUCCUAAAAACACAACAGUAAUAGCUUUUGGUGGUUCCUACGGUGGAAUGUUGUCGGCAUGGUUCCGUAUUAAGUACCCUCAUGUCGUUACCGGGGAAGCAAUCGAAUACAUGGCAAUGGUUGACUAUCCAUAUCCCACCGGCUUUCUUGAACCGCUUCCUGCGUGGCCCGUUAAAGUUGCCUGUACAUUUAUGAGUACUCCCGGUGAUUCAUUCAGCGACAGAGAUUUGGCGGCGCGAAUGUAUUAUGCUUAUGUUUACUACAAUCACACCGGCUCAUUAAAAUAUAACUGCAUUGAUCCAAACGUUUGCGGAGAUCCAGGAACUUCCGGACUUGGUGACGCUCAGCUUGGAUGGCCUUGGCAGGAGUGCAGCGAGAUCGUUAUAGACAUGUGUUCAAGAGGAGGCAAAAACGAUUUCUUCUGGGAUGAGUGUCAGACAGACUCCACGGCUUUGCUAAUAGAGCAAUGCAAUGCAACCUUUUCAUCACAAGGAGAGCUGGAUCCAUGGUCUGGAGGAGGUUACGCCACAAACUCUCCAGGAGUUAGUCAAGACCGAGGCAUCUAUGUAAUGAAGAUACCUGGAUCAGCACAUCAUUUGGAUUUGCGGACACCAAAUACUUGUGAUCCCAACACGAUUGCAAACGCCAGAUAUCAGGUGCGUGAAGGAGCCCAUGGGAUGCUUUCUAUAAGCUGA